AUAUUUUGGAAUUAUGGUAAUAUUUAACGUAAAAGUUUCUUUAAAAAAAUAAAAAUUUUAAAAAUAUACUCAUGGUGUAGGGUAUUAUAUGGUCGGCCAUGCCCGACUAUACUUUCCUACUUGUUAUAUAUGGAUUCAGAUGCUCCAUUUCUGAGUUUAUCGAUGGUGAAUAAACGAGUAGAUUGCUUUAUUUACAAAAUAAUCAUGUUUUUUAUUUGUCUGGCACUAACUAGCCAAUUAUUAAUUCUAAUAACUAAUAAAUAUUUCUAAAACUAAUAAAAAUAAACAUAACAUAUAACAAUAAUAUUUUAUAAAUUAUUAGUUCCAAUGAAAAUUAUAAACAUCUUUUUGUUUUAAUGAGCAUUAUAUGUAUUCUAGGGUUAACUGUUAUCAGACUAAAAUUAUUUAUAAUAUAAUAAACAAAUAAUAUAUAAUAGCAAUUAUUUGGAAAAUGAUAAUCAUUUAAUAGAAAAACGUAUUUCAGUUAAGAACAAAAAAACUUCCAAUGAACUUCCGAAUAUUUUUUGGUAUUUUGUUGAUUGCAACACUAUUCUUAGCAACUAGUGGAACUACUAGCGGUGGUAAAGGUUUGGGCGAAAGUAUAUGUACUGGUAUUAGCUAUUUUUUUCGAAAACUUAUUAGCGGGGUCCCUAAAACUGAACAGCCUUCCACGUUUCCCAAGAAAACCUAUACGUAUGAUGAUUUACCAGCUAUUAAUGCUCGUCAUUUAUAUCCAAGCUUAACACAGUAUCCUAAUAGCGGAUUUAAUUAUCAAUCUAAAAUUGAAACUUCAAAAACGGAUAAUAUACUUACUCAGAGCACUGAAUCAAAUACCAAGAGAGAAAAGAGAAGAACGAACAUCUUAAUAGCUAAUUAAAUGUUAUGGAUUGUUUUUUUAAUAAUCAGAGCCGAGUUCAUUUCAAAUACAAUAAUAACACACUACACGAGUUCAAAAAUGCACAAAAUUCUACAUACUUAAGUGUUAUCUUUAAUACAAAAUAUAUAAUAUAUACAUAAGUA